UAUGUCCUGAAGCACAUCUUCUUUGAAGAAUUUAAUAUUUCACCUCAUUAUCCAUAAUUAAUAUGCUCAACAGUUGAAACCCUUGUUUUUUGGAUGCAUGUUUGGAUUGACAGAGGCAGAAGUUCAGAAGAGCACAGUUAGAAGCAAUUUUGUGUUGGGGGCUCUGUGAAUCGAGUUGCAUUUGAUCGGCUCGAGGUGGGCUGGGUUCAAACUUCUGCUGAAUCAUCACGGUUUGGUGCUGAGCUAUGACAAGAGAAGAAACAAAAAGUUAAGCCAGCAAGCCUGCCCUAGUGAGAAGCAAACUUCCUUGAUAACAUGCUUUUGCGAAGUUCAGGAAAAUUAAACGUGGGCACCAAGAAAGAGGAUGGUGAAAGUACAGUGCCCACCCCUCGUCCGAAGAUCCUGCGUUGUAAAUGCCAUCAUCAUUGUCCAGAAGACUCUGUCAACAAUAUUUGCAGCACAGACGGAUAUUGUUUCACAAUGAUUGAAGAAGAUGAUUCUGGAAUGCCCGUGGUCACUUCUGGAUGUCUUGGAUUAGAAGGCUCAGACUUUCAGUGUCGGGAUACCCCCAUUCCUCAUCAAAGAAGAUCCAUUGAAUGCUGCACAGAAAGGAAUGAAUGCAACAAGGAUCUACACCCCACACUGCCGCCAUUGAAAAACAGAGAUUUUGUCGAUGGACCCAUCCACCAUAAAGCCCUACUCAUAUCUGUGACUGUCUGUAGUUUGCUCUUGGUCCUUAUCAUUCUCUUCUGCUACUUCAGGUAUAGAAGGCAAGAAGCCAGGCCCCGGUACAGCAUUGGAUUAGAACAAGACGAAACUUACAUUCCUCCAGGAGAGUCGCUGAGAGACUUAAUCCAGCAGUCUCAGAGCUCGGGAAGUGGCUCAGGCCUCCCUCUGCUGGUGCAAAGGACAAUAGCUAAGCAGAUUCAGAUGGUGAAGCAGAUCGGCAAAGGGCGCUACGGGGAAGUCUGGAUGGGCAAGUGGCGCGGCGAGAAGGUGGCCGUCAAAGUCUUCUUCACCACAGAGGAGGCCAGCUGGUUCAGAGAGACCGAGAUCUACCAGACAGUGUUGAUGAGGCACGAGAACAUUUUGGGGUUUAUUGCUGCAGAUAUCAAAGGCACAGGGUCCUGGACCCAGUUGUACCUAAUCACGGACUACCAUGAAAAUGGUUCCCUUUAUGAUUAUUUGAAGUCCACCACCCUGGACACGAAGUCGAUGCUGAAGCUAGCCUACUCUUCUGUCAGCGGCUUGUGCCACUUACACACGGAGAUCUUCAGUACACAAGGCAAGCCAGCAAUUUCCCACCGGGAUCUGAAAAGUAAGAACAUCCUGGUGAAGAAAAAUGGAACUUGCUGUAUAGCCGACUUGGGCCUGGCUGUCAAAUUUAUUAGUGAUACAAAUGAAGUUGACAUACCACCCAACACACGAGUUGGCACCAAGCGCUAUAUGCCCCCGGAAGUGCUGGAUGAAAGCUUGAAUAGAAAUCACUUCCAGUCUUACAUUAUGGCCGACAUGUACAGUUUUGGACUCAUCCUUUGGGAGAUUGCUAGGCGAUGUGUAUCAGGAGGUAUAGUUGAAGAAUACCAGCUUCCCUAUCACGACCUAGUGCCCAGUGACCCCUCUUACGAGGACAUGAGAGAGAUUGUGUGCAUCAAGAAGUUACGCCCCUCCUUCCCCAACCGGUGGAGUAGUGAUGAGUGUCUAAGGCAGAUGGGCAAGCUCAUGACAGAAUGCUGGGCUCACAAUCCUGCCUCGAGGCUGACGGCCCUGCGCGUCAAGAAGACACUUGCCAAGAUGUCAGAGUCACAGGACAUUAAACUCUGACAUGAGGGAGAGGACGUCUGUGGAAAGCCGACAAGUGUUCUGUUUGUAGGCACAGCAGAAGAUGUGAGAGAGCAUCCCUAGCACAAGCCUUGACUAUGGUCCUGCUUCCCAGUGGCUGCAGCCCUCCUGUCCAGGGAGCACCCUGGACAGAGCUAGAGAAGUGUCCAGAACAUGGUUUCAUGCCCACUGCCUGUCAGUGGGCAGAG